AUGCCUCCUUUGAAGAGGAAAAGUGUAGAGUUUGAUCUCGGUGAUAAAUAUAAUGAGCCAGAUAUUCCUGAUACACCCAGAUUAACAAUAUCAAGAAAACGUAAGGAUUCACAUACAACAAUUCAUGUGCCAUAUUUAGCCGGUCCUUACAAACAAUUGAAUAAGAUAGGCAAAGGAUCACAUUCUAUAGUCUAUAAAGUGACACAUCCAACAAGUGAUGCUACUUUAGCCUUAAAAAAAUUACCAAUCAAUGAUUAUAAAUUAAAGACAAACAGAAGAUCUACAAUUUUGAAAGAAAUUGAAAUUCAUAAAUUAGUUAACGGCCACAAAAAUAUUAUAUCAAUGAUAGACCAUUUUGAAAUAGAUGCUACCAUGUAUAUGGUUCUUGAACUUUGUGGAGCUGGAAGUUUGUACGAUAUUAUAUGCAGAUCUAAGAGAUCAUUGAGAGAAUGGGAAGCCAAGAGAUUAAUGAUUCAAUUGUGUGGUGCGGUUGAUUGGAUACAUGAAAAGAAUAUUGUUCAUGCUGAUUUGAAACUAUCAAAUAUUUUGAUUGACUCGUCAAAUAAUUUACAGUUAUGUGAUUUUGGCCAUUCUUUUGUAAGUACCGACAUUGACAAUAACUCGAUCAAUAAAUUCGGUACGCCGAACUACUUAUCUCCCGAAAUUAUCUCAAAUUUCAUCUUAAGUGAUAAGAAGGACUUGUAUUUUCCAAAGGAAAGUGAUAUUUGGUCAAUAGGGAUUGUUUUGUACGCGAUGAUUUUUGAUAAGACACCAUUUGAGGCAACAACAUUGAGAUCUACCUAUGAAAACAUAGUGGAAUGUAAAUAUGGUUUUGUUGAAAAUAAGAGGGUUUCAAAUAAAGUGAAGAAGCUGAUUCAAAAUAUUUUAAAAAUACAGCCAUUAGAAAGAAAAACAAUUGUUGAAAUUGUUUCUGAUGACUGGUUCCACACAUCUUAUUUCCCAGAUGAAAUAAAUCUGAGAGAAAAUAACUCAGACUUAAAUUCUAUGUUCGAGAAUGAGCUCUCGACAGUGUCAAGGUAUUAUUCAUUGACAAACUAUAUCAAUUGUUUAAUUGAUGCAGGAUUGAAGAAAUAUCUAAUUACCCCAGGCAAUCAUAAUAAAAAUUUACAAAAAAAAGAGCGUAGGUUUAUGGAAGGAACGCAUGGUGUGACCAAAUCUAAAAAAUAUGGUAAAUUUGACAGGCAAUUGAAAUGCUUACAAGACUUAUCAGCUCUUAAGCAACUUGAAAGAUUGGGAAAAUUAAGUAGCAACUAUUUCAAGAUUUUGAAUUCUACUAGCUUAAAUGUCGAAAAGGCAAAUGAGAUUUUGAGAGAUCAAUGCUAUUUCAGUCUUCUAAGUCUAAACGAGGCUGCCUAUAUAACAGAACUGACUCAACAGCGUAUGCCAAGCCGUGACUCCAUUUCGACAUUAAAGGCACCAAUCAUGGUGUCAACAAUACAUCAGGAGGAAAAUGGUGUCAUUCGGUACCAACUAUCUAAUCAAGAUAUAGGCUCAAUUUACCCAAACAGUCAUAGUCUCCUUCGGGUCAAAGAAGAAGAUGCAUUUUGGUAUAUCUGUCCUGAUAAUGAGAAAGGAUGGAUAUCUAAAUAUUUUGAUAAAGCCAAGAUACCCAAGGAAUUUAUUGAACUUUUAACAGAGGUUGAACAGUUUGGUUCGAAAAUUUCCAACGUCUCAUCAAAUUUACCAUUUAUUACAAAAAGUUCCACCACAGAAGCGGACAUUUUCCUCAGGAAAUAUACAAAAUUUGAGAAUUUCGAACUAUUUGAGUUAAGUAAUGCUUUGCAAUUCAAUUUCGAAGAUUCUGGAAGCAUUAUAUCCAUCCAUGAAAAUGGACAGCUUAUUUCUUUCAAUACAAUGUCAAAUAAUGAAGUCCUUACCAUGCCAUUGUCUGCUUUUUACGGCAGUAGCGAAUAUAAUAUUUUGGCAGAUAAAAUUAAUAUUAUCAAAUGCUGUCUGCAGAUCAGAACAACAAUGAGCGAAAGUUAA